CUCUCUCUCUCUCUCUCCCCUCAGCACUCCUUCCGGUCUACCCCCUUGGCCCACGUGCAGCGCGUCUUCGUGUGAGCGCGCCGCCCUCCCCUCGCCCGUCCCCCCUCCCCUCCCCGGCCGUCGCCUUCUCUUCGCCCCUUGUCAAUGAUGCUUGCCGCGACCUUUGCCGCACGGCGCACCGCAGUUAAGCACCUGCUCCCGCCGGUCACCUUGGCCGUGACGCUGGCCACCCGCCGGGAGUAUUCCCGCGAUUCGAGCACCAGCCCGCCAAAGUCCACCCCUUGGGAGCACUUCCGGCCGCAGCAGAUCAUCCAGUUGACCAGCACCGGAGGCACGAGCGCCGAGACCCCGGCCGAUGGCGGCCUCCGGCCUUCCGUCUCCUCUUCCUGGUCCUCGCGCGCCUCGGUCCUGCACCACCGCUUCCAUCCGUCUCUGGCCGGCGUGGAGAAGCCCCGAUCCGUGGUCAAUGGCGAUGGGUACAGCUUCGAUCCGGACACGGCCGGCUUCAUUCAGGAGGCCUACCAAGUGGAUCACCCCUUCGCCGGGGACAGCGGCCUGCGAAACAUCAUUCGUCGGCACACCCCCGAGAAGCAUAUGGCCGAGUUUUACGAGAACCUUUGCCACCUCGGCACCAAGGCCAUCGGGCCGCUGGCUCGCUUGGGUGCCUCCGCCGAGGCCAAUGAGCCGUAUGUGAUGUCGCAUGACGCGCGCGGCCGGCGUGUGGACCGGCUCGUCACGUCGUCGGCAUGGCGCGAGCUCCGCCGGCAAAGCUCCCUCGAGGGCAUCGUCAGUGUGGCAUACGGCGCGGACCGGGAGCGCCUGGGCGCCGCGGCCCGUGUCCUGCAAAUGGCUCGUCUCUUCCUCUUCAGCCCCGACACGGCCAUCUAUGCAUGCCCGUUGGCCAUGACCGACGGCGCGGCUCGGGCCAUCGAGCUCUUUGGCGACGAUGACAUGAAGAAGCACAUCUUCCCCAGGCUGACCUCCCGGGAUCCGGACGUCUUCUGGACCAGCGGCCAGUGGAUGACCGAGCGUCCCGGCGGUUCGGAUGUUGGCAAUACCGAGACCGAGGCCAUGCUGGACACCGAGCCCACGUCCCAGCUCCACGAGGCACUUCCUUGGAGCUUGCACGGGCUCAAGUGGUUCAGCAGCGCCACCGAUUCCGAUGUGGCCAUGGUCCUGGCGCGUGCUCGCGACCCGGAGACCGGCGACGUGGUGCGCGGCUCGCGUGGGCUGUCCCUCUUCCUGACGCCGGUGCGCCUUCCAAGCGAGACGCCCGCCUCGGAGGAGGUGCGCGCCAUGUGCCCGACCUCGGCCAAGCCGGCGGCCACCUCGCCCGGGCAGUCCCCCUGGGACUCGCCCGGGCCCUGCCUCUCCUCGGUCGACAGCUGUGCCAUCGAAGGUACCUCCGGCCUGGAGGGCGACCUGGCUGCGGUGACCAUCGACCACGAGGAUGACCUCCCGCUGAAUGGCAUCCGUAUCCUGCGGCUGAAGGACAAGCUCGGCACCCGGGCCCUGCCCACAGCCGAGCUCCGGCUGUCGGGCACCCGCGCUCGCAUGAUUGGCGCCCCAGGCCGCGGCGUGGCCUCCAUUUCCCCGGUGCUGACCAUUACCCGGCUCUACACGGCCAUGCAAUGUGCGGCCAGCUCGCGCCGGGCCCACCUGCGCGCCAUCGGCUUCAGCAAGGUGCGCAAGGCCUUCGGGGUGCCGAUCGCCCGGCUGCCGGCGCACGCGCGCGCCCUCGCCCGGAACGAGGUUACCACCCGGGCGGCGUCGGCCUUCGUCUUCGAGGUGGCUGCCCUGCUCGGGCGCACGGAGCAGAUCCCAAUGCGCGACGGCCGGCCGGCCGUCAGCCUGUCCCCGGACCAGCGUGUCGAUGAGGCGGUCCUGCGCCUGCUGACCCCGGUGGUCAAGAUGUACGCGGCCCGGCUCGGGACCCAGGCCUGCCAGGCCAGUGUCGAGGCCUUCGGCGGGGCCGGCUACAUUGAGACCAACGGCAUGGCCCGGUACCUGCGCGACACCCAGGUCGGCACCAUUUGGGAGGGCACGGCCGAUGUGCUCUCGGCCGAUGUGGUGCGCGUCCUCCGCCGGGGCGGCGUCCCGGUCCUGAUGAUGACCGCCCUGGAGCAGUAUGUCGAGCGCUUGACCGAGCGUGCCCUCAACCACUGCACCCCGGAGACCGACACCCUGGCCGUCGCCGCCCAGCUGUGCCGUCAGUCGGCUUCGCGUCUGCGCGACCUAUCAUCGCAUGCCAUGUCACCCACUUUCGAGGCCCGUGCCCAGGCCUUCGCCAUGGCCAUCGGCCGCCUCGUGUCGUCGGCCUGCCUGGUGGAUGUGGCAGCUGCCAGCGUUGGUGGCCAGUGGAGCGGCCGCGAGCGCGAUGUUGAAGCUGCCCUGCGAUGGACCGGCCACACGGUGGAGGAUAUUCUGGGCCAGGAGCUGCUUGACAGCGAGCGCCUCGGCAGCCUGCACCCGAUGACCGAGGAGACUGCCUCCCAGCCGGAGGAGUGGGAGCUCCAGCGCAUGAACGCCGACUCCGUGCUGGUCUUCGGGCAGCCGAUGCACGGCUGAGAUGCCGUGUGUGUGUGUGUGUGUGUGU